CCUCCCCUCAAAUUGGACUGGACCUGUCUUGACAUUUGACCCAGACUCCGGACAUGUCAUGACCAGGGGGCCUCCAACAGACGACUUCAUGAGUACACCCGUCGGACGGGCCUUCAUAGCAGGGAUGAUGGACAAUGACAAAAAAUCUUUCUGGAUCGACUGUUCCAUCAAUGUCGAGAGGAACACCACCAAAACCAACCAACAAAUCAAGGGUUUUGUUAACAGUACGCGUUUGUCUUUAGUACGAAGAAUUUUCCAGUCCGAUUUAAAGAAAAUCGAAGUGACACUUGGAUCACCAGGAAGGAUCAAGAUAACCAAAACCGACAAUGUCUACGAAAAUGACCUCCCAUUACAACCAUGGAACACCACAACACCAAACUUUGCACUACGUGUUACCGAUCCAACUACCCGUGUGAAAUUCACUGAGUCUAAAAUCGUGGAAAAUAUCAACAAAAACGCACAAUUUGGAUAUCUGGGCCCGGGUACUUAUUGGUGCCGUGACUCACUAUGCACCCAGGAGCAACUAAUGACGUCAAGGAAUAGUGUAAAGUGGGGUCCAUCCGACGACCAGGUCAUCCACUUGGAUCGAAGAUUCACCUGCUGUUCUAACGACGUCGUAUACCUAAUCUACUGUCAACGUUGCUUGGAUGAAGGCAACUGGGCAUCAUACGUAGGAGAAUCUAAUAACCGAAACUUUCAUAAAAGAAUGAAUGGUCAUGCAGACACCACGAGCGAUAGAUGGAAAAAGAAGUAUCCGUCUAUUCCCGAACUUCGACAACACAUCGAUCGGGUUUUAGGACGGAACGGAGAAGAAGCGAUCCAAGACAAGGAUCUUCGAUUGAAGAAUGUCAAUGUUCAUUUCAAUUUUGUCCAUCACAAAGAGGACCGACGCUACACUAUCAUCGAAGGUGGAUUCUCAUCAGAUAUAGUUCGCAAAGACACUGAAAGACAAUGGAUACAGCGGCUAGGGUACAGGCUGGGGUACAACAACAACAACGGAACCGGAAAUCUCAACUCGUGUUCAUAAACAUUAAGCAUAUUUAAUUCCGGAGGUAACUGACUCAUAGUCUUUAUUAAAUUUCAUCUUCCUUCCGUCAUGACUUACAUUUUAAGUUUGUUAAUAAUAUUUAUAUGACCUCGUAUUGAUUUUAUUAAGCCCAUAAUUGCUACAAGUUUGGGUAUUUACAAGAGAAAAUGAACAUACCUCAGACUAAAACUUUUAUGUUGAAAGAAUGUCAAAUGUGCUAUUUUGAGAAAAUGAGCUUCUUCAAAAAUUACUAAAUUUAUAUUUAAUUAACAAAUGUUAAUGUACCAUAUAAUCUCAAUAGUUAAUCAAUCACUCUACUUUUUCACGACUAACCAUAGUAUUAUACUUCAAGCAAAAAUAUGACUCACUUAUCAACUUA